UCUCUCUCUCUCUCUCUCUCUCUCUCUCUCUCUCUCUCUCUCUCUCUCUUUUAAUUCUCUCGGAUGAGAGCUUGAAAUUGAUGGAUACAUCAAACCGUGGCAACCCUUUCAGCGAUUUGGCAUUUCCACCGCCGGCGUUCUCUCUACCGCUUCCGCUGCCGCUUCUUCCGCCGCCCCCGCCGCAUAUCUCGAGCCCUAUAUUCCCGCGCUCGGGCUCAUCGGGCACAAGCUUUCCUAUCCUCGCCGUCGCCGUAAUCGGAAUCUUGGCAACAGCGUUCUUGCUCGUCAGCUACUACGUCUUCGUCAUCAAAUGCUGCCUCAACUGGCACCGAAUCGAUCUCCUUCGCCGGUUUUCGCUGUCUCGGCGGCGAAACGGCCAAGACCCUUUAAUGAUUUACUCUCGGGAGCUCAGGGACCGCGGUUUGGAUGAAUCUGAAAUUAGGGCUCUUCCAAUCUUCCAGUUCAAGAAGAGGGUCGGAGACAGAAACGAGGGAGAAGAAGACAAGACCUCUCAAGAAUGCUCCGUCUGUCUGAACGAGUUUCAGGAAGACGAGAAACUGAGGAUUAUUCCGAACUGCUGCCAUUUGUUUCACAUAGACUGCAUCGAUAUCUGGCUUCAGAACAACGCCAAUUGCCCUCUCUGCAGGACAAGCGUUUCCUGCAACUCAAGUUUCCCGCCGGAUCACGUCAUGGCUCCGAGCUCAUCCCCCGGUAACCCAAGCCAGAGCCUCGACCACGGAAACGACUUCGUGGUUAUCGAGCUAGGCUCUGGUAACAACGGCUCUAACCCUAGGAACCAAGCAUUGCUUGCGACACAAGAAAGGCGGAGCCAGGGAGAAGCAGCGACAGCCAACACUCCUCGAUCGGUUAGCCCUUCGCCUAGGAAGAUCGAACGUGGAGUGUUGCAGAAGAAAGGAAGGAAAUUUCAUAAAGUGACGAGUAUGGGAGACGAGUGCAUAGACAUGAGAGGAGGGAAAGACAGGGACCAAUUCGGGGUUCAGCCCAUCAGAAGAUCGAUCUCGAUGGACUCGUCGGCGGAUCAGCAGCUUUACAUGGCGGUCCAAGAGGCCAUAAACCGACAAAACAGGCAAGUUCCGGUGGUCGGAGACGGUGGUUGUACGGAAGGAAGUAGCAGCAGUAAUGGCAAUGCCGGUAACAGAGUGAAGAGAUCUUUCUUCUCGUUUGGGGGCAGCAGAGGUUCUAGAAGUUCCAUCUUGCCUGUUUAUUUGGAUCCCUAAGUUUUUUUUUUUUUAAAUAAAUUCAAUUUCGGGCGUCUAUUUUUUAAAAUUAGUUUUUGAAAUUAUUUUCAUUUGGUGUAGGAAACAUUAGAAGUGAAAAAAGAGUCAAUGAGUUGUCGUGUUGUAUCAUAGAAAUUGUUGUAAUUUCAAGGUUGGAAGAAAGUAUCGUUCCUAUU